GCAAGUUCUUCAGGGCGCUGGUAAUGCGUACGUCAUGUUAGAUGUAAUGUAGUUGAACGACUUACUCCACAAUCCACAUUUCAAGAUGGAAGAUCAAUUUUGUUUAGAAGAGAACCAUUCCCUGUCUAUUUUAAGCGCUUUAAACGACUUUAGGCAAGAUAAAUUUUUAUGUGAUCUAGUGUUGCUGGUACAGCAGAAGGAGAUGUAUUGUCAUAGGAACGUUUUAGCCGCGGGUAGUCCGUAUUUUCGUGGUAUGUUUUCAACAAAAAUGAAAGAAAACAUGGAAAGCAAGCCCGUCAUAUUGAACGAUGUAACUGUUGAAAUAAUGAAUCAAAUUUUAGAUUUCCUGUACACCGGUCAAGUUCUGAUCACGGCUGAGAAUGUCAAAGAGAUUGUUGCAGCUGCUAAUUAUUUUCUCAUGGAUAACUUAAAAGAAACGUGUUGCCAAUAUCUGAAAAAGAACUUGAAACCUUCCAAUUGUUUAGGAAUAGAAUCUAUUGCAGAACAGUUCGGUUGUGAGGAACUGAAACAAUCCACCCACCGGUAUAUAUUAGAUAACUUUGUAGAAGUUUCUCAUUGCAAAGAGUUUGUGUUGUUAUGUAGCGAGCGUAUCCUGGAACUUCUAUCGAAUGAUGACACUAAUGUUGAAAAAGAGGAGCAAAUAUAUGAGGCACUCUUAACUUGGAUUAAAGGAUCUGACAAGGACCAUAUUGAACGAGUAAAAGAUUUAGAAAAUCUCUUGUACAUGGUACGAUUUCCAUUAAUGUCACCAUAUUACAUUGCCGACCAUGUUGAAAAGGAAGAAAUUGUUACGUCAACAUCAUGCUGUAGUUCAUUGUUGUUAGAAGCCAAGAAUUAUCAUCUGCUGCCUGAUCGACGUCACUUGUUAGAUAACUACCGCACCCGACUCAGGAAAUCCAUGGGUUUAGUCAAUGUUAUUAUUGGUGCAGGAGGUAUUGAGAAAGGUCAAGUAAAACAUACAACAUUUUGUUUUCUUCCACAACGUAAUACUUGGUUCUAUCUUACACCAAUGUCAACUGCUAGAUGUCGACAUGGCCUGGCUGUUAUGGGAGAGUUUGUAUAUGCAGUAGGCGGACAGUCUAGAGAAGGUUUGUAUGUUGUAGUAGUGUCUGCUAAUUGCACACCAGCUGUAAACUGGAGAAUUUUCAAACAUUUUUUUAUAUUUUAAAGAUGCGGUACAGUUCGAUCUGCGCAUGUGCACAAAGGAGCUCUCUUUUUAUUUACAAACAGUUUAUUUAGGUUUUUAUUUCAUUUUAUAUUCUUGCAAAGCUUGAUUGUUGUGUCUUGAUAAUUUAUUAUACUCUAGAAUCAUGAAAAUAUAAAUAGUUGUCAAAUAAAAUUCAAUAUUUUGGAUACCGAAAUGUAAACAAAGCCUUUGUUUACAUGUGGACUGUACCGCAUCUUUAAACCAGCACAUUAUGACCAGAAAUCAUUUGCAUUUUUAAUAUUCUCAGUCAAUCAGGUUUGACUUAGGCUUCCAAGGCACAGGUAGCUUGCAAAUAGCAGACUAGUAUUUCUUGUCAUUGGAGGCUUUAUUCAAAGUCAAUGCGGGCAGCAACCAUUACUAUUAUGUUUAUAAAACAAUGCAAUGAUACUUUUCACACAACAAAUGGUAUCACAUACAGGUAAGAAAUUAUAAUUUUAGAAACACAUUCAAAAUGGUUAAAAAUAAAUUUUGUUUGUUAUUUGACAAAAUUGCAAUAGACGUCUUGCACUUUGUGUCAGUAGCAAAAAUUUGCAAAUAUGAAAGCAACUGGACUUGGUUUGUUUCAAGUUGUCCUGCAGGUGUCAUGCAUGAGCUCAUUUUAAGAUCAGCAGCAAGUGGUCUAUAAUGGGGCCAUUGAUGUGAUGUGGUUGUCUAGAAGCCAUGGGAGUGGCAGCUACAGUAUGAUGAGAAACUGUUAUUCAAAAAGCAGAAAAUAUAAUUUAACUUAUAGGUACUUAAAUUACAUAUAAAAUCUAUGGCUGUACUUCACUUAGGUAUUGUAUUAGCUAAAUAACUGAGAGCAUAUUUUAUUGUGAAUGCAGAGUGAUUUAUCAACAUUGAGUUGUCAACUAUGUGCUUGCUUAAAAGAGGUGUCUAUUAAAAAGACUUGAAUGGUGUCUAUUAAAAAGGCUUUGGCAUGUCAUAACAAUUAACCCCUGUUUGGCUAAAUAUACAACAUUAUGUGUUACUGUCCACAAGGUGUCGGGUCCAAUCCUUUGUUUGGUCAUGAGUUAAACAGGUUUAUAAACAAAAAAGUCAGUCAUGACUCGGGUUGGGCGAUAUAUAAAAAAAAUCAUCUCACGAUUAUUGUCAAGGAAAUUACCAUGAUAUUCGAUAAUAUUGCAGUAAAUGCAAUAAAAACAAUGACCACAUUUUUCAAUUUUAAUUAAUAUCAAAGCAUAGUAAGCUUAUAUAUAAUCUUAUUAAAACAAGCAAAACAACAAAUUAAAGUAAUAUGAAGGCUUUUUCUAGUCUAAUAUUUACUGUUCAUAAACCAGAACUGUGUAUAUGCAAUGUCUACUGUGUCUCCACUGGCACAAAUGCCGUGGGUACACAGCGCAAGCAAAACCUGCAAUUUCAUUGUUUAGAGGAUUAAUACAUAAAUAUUAGCUUUUGUAUUGCAUAUUAAAUUCAUAUUUAAAUCAGGAAAUAGUUUUAAUUCUUUUAAAAACUAUAUUUUCUAGCAAUUGAAAGAGUUUUUUUAGGAUUUUAUAAAAGCUACAGUAUAUUAACACAUGCAAAGCAAUAUCACGGAUAGUCAUCGAGCAUGAUGAUAAUUUCGAUAUAUCGUUGCUCAAGUUUCUACCUUCGAUACAACAAUCGUGAUUGAAAAUAUCGCGAUAAAUCGAAAUAUCGCCCAACCCUAGUCAUGACCAUGGGUUUUCCUUGUGAUUAGUUAAUUAUUUUGAUAGUAUGAUUAAUAAAUGCUAUGGUAAGUAAAAAAGGGAAGGUUUAAAAUAAACAUGAACAGAUGUGGACUUCAAAGACAUCUGAGAGAGGAUUAACAUACUGUAGAGGAUUAACAUACUGUACUUUAAACUCUGAGGAUUGAAGUAUAUUAUUCAUUCAACAUUGUCAAUCUUUGUGGAUUAAUUGUUAAUCUUUGUGGAUUAAUUGUUAAUCUUUGUGGAUUAAUUGUUAAUCUUUGUGGAUUAACAUUGAUAAUCUCUUAAUUAGAUUAGUGACAUUAAUCUAUUGUUUUAACCAAUGACGAAAUGUGCAUGCAUAUGCGUUAACAUGUACUGUAUGUGCCCGCUCCUCUGUAAUCUGUAUGCUAUCAUCUCUGAUACGUUUUUCAGUACUUUGUAGCUAGUACCUAUUAACAGUAUGAAUUGCAUGUUAGAAACAAGUUUAUACUAUUUAAAAUGCAAUUGUUGAUCUUCCCAUCCAUAUCUUAUGACUAUGCUGUAUUUAAAUGGCUUAUUCAAAGCUUGAAGCUUAACUAUUUUCGUUAGUCAAAUUUCCUAGCAUGGUUUCCAUGGUUUCAUUCUCCUUCCACAAGAAAGGUAUACAGAAAUUACGGGAACCACUGAGUAUUUUGAUAAAAUACAAAACAAUAGAUACUCCGAAAAUUGAAAGCAUUUUGCAAAUUUAUUCAUUCAUUUCCCGAUGAUGACUAUAGUUUAGUCGAAACGUCGAAAUAAUGCUUUCAAUUUUCGGAGUAUCUAUUGUUUUGUAUUUUUUAAAGGUAUACAGUACAUGUCUAUAAACUUGCAUUUUAAAAUUUGUACUUUGUUUGGGAAACUUGUUACAGUACUGAACACUAAAUAUUACAUUCUACAUCAGCCGAAGGUUAUCUGCCAAUACCCGCUGCUGCAUGAUAAAUAUGCUCAAACAUUCCAGACCAACAAAACGUGAAUUGAAAUCAACAUGCUAUGCCUACCUUGGGCCAUGUUUGCCCAUGUUGUGCCAAUCAACAUUCUGAAUGUAUUAUACACGUUUACAGGCACAACUAUUGAGUCAAAAUGUAAGAGUAGCUAUGUUGGGCAAACGGGAUCACAUGUCAUUUUAUAGAAGUUAAGUAAUGGCUCAUGCAUCAAUUUUGGUCAAGGGAAGCAAAAUUAGUUCGAGAUAGCAGGGGUUCUACUGUAGAUGAAUUAUGCAAAAUAAUUCUUAGUUUCUGAACCGGGCAAUCCCAGUGGUUACAGCGCAGGUACUCAGGUACUAAAUAAUUCUUAGUGUUUAAACUACGGCGAUCUCAGUUGUUACAGCGCAAAGCCAGAGGCGUUGGGUUGGAUUCCCGGUUCAGGUUGAGACGCUCAUGCAGAAAACAUUUUUCCAUUUGGAAAGCCAAUAUUAGUAUCAUUGUGAUGAUAAAUUUACAUGUAGAUAUCUUUUAACGACAAAAGAGCUUUGGGACCGACGUUCACCCUGGUCCACAGUGCAUCACGAUUAAAGAUGGCGUCGCUGUUGAUGAAGAAAAUAUGUAUCAAUCAUAUUUUACAUUUAAAUAAGUACAGUAUCUUUAUGCAGCCUUUUUGUUGUUUUUUUUGCUUAGGUUCAGCUCAAAGUUCGUUAAACAAUGUCGAACGUUACGAUCCUCGGACCAAUACCUGGGCACCAGUUGCUCCUAUGUUGAAGAAACGAAGUCUGUUAAAUGUAGCUGUCCUGGAUGGUAAAUAAUCUAUAUUUUUAGUACAAGUACGUUAGGUCAAAAGGAUUAUGUUCUGUGCCUUCAAUAUUUAUUAUUAAGUAUCAAGUCAUAUGGCUGCAAGUAUCACUUUGUUAUGUCGUUCUUUUAUGCUGAGUUAGUUUAAUUAUCUCUUAGACUUAGACAAAAAUAGUCUUAAUUAUUUAAUACAUACCUCUUUCACACUGUAAAAAAAGUUUCAUGCAUCUACAGUAUCUUUGAUAUAAUUCCAUGAAUGGGCCUUUAUUCUUCCGAUGAUGUUCUCUCCUCCCAGGUGAUUUAAAAUUUCAUCACUCUUAAGAUUUAAGAAAAUUACAAUUAACAAUUUCUCGAAGAAAAAUUUAAAACCAAGUCAAAUGGAUGAUUUGGGGGAUGGAUUUGAUCUUCGUGGAUAUUGAGAUCUUCAUCACAGUCGUUCGUGCAGGUGAAAGUGCAUCGGAUAGAAAUCUGAAUAGCUAUGUAGUUUUAUGAGUUCUACUGUAAGACUCAAGAGCGAAAACACUGCGAAAGCAUCUAAUGUAUAAUCGACAGAAAUUUCUGCAUAGGAGGAAGGUAAUCGAAAAACAUCAGUCAGUGAUUUACCAGAAGGAAAACGAACUGUUGUUAUAGAGAUUAAAGGCUGCUUUCCAGUUGAGCAUUUUUGACACGUAUGUAAAUGCACGGCGAAGUUUAAAUCUUAAAUUUCCAUAGUGCUAAUUCCAUCAACAAAUAGACUUAAAAACAUACACAAUACUAAAUGCUGUGUUUUAUUCAUUUAGUUAUUUCAUAAGAAACUCUUAAAUGUAUUUAAAAUUUUCCGCGAAGCAAUCUUAAAACCCAGCAUAAAAUUGUAACAAAAACAUUUUUAGGAAAAUCCUGACUGACAAGAACAAUUAUACAACUGUAAAUUUGGUAAACCUUGACGUCAUUUUGUUUCUGCAGGAACAAUGUAUGCUGUUGGAGGAUGUGAUGAGAACAAUGUACGUCAAAACACGGUUGAAAAAUAUUCUCCUGGAACCGACACAUGGACUAUGAUCUGUCCAAUGGCGUCAACCCGCAGUAGUGCAUGCGUAGUCGGCUGUUAUGCUUUGUAUGUGAUUGGUGGUGUUAAUUUCUAUGGCAUGUCCCUGAAUUCAGUUGAGAAGUAUGACCCAAGUACGGAUACUUGGUGUGAGGUUUCAUCAUUAACUAACAAACGUGCCAGUGCUUGUGGGGCGUUUUCCAAUGGAAAGAUUUAUGUCAUUGGUAAGUUUUUAAAUACUGGUACAAAUUACCAUAGAUUUGGGCAAUUACGUUUUGACUACGCCCAAACCACGCCCAUUUUUUUCAGUGUUCUUUUUGAUACAAUAUUGGAAAACUGUAGCAUCUUUGUUACGUCUUUAUACGUUUGUGAGAUAAAUAAGAUUCCAUUUUCACCAUUGAAUUCAUCGUUGGAGUUACCCUAACCAUACUGAUGCAUGUUGCCACCCAGUCCACUCUCGUAUAAUCAUACGCCUGGUUGCCUUCCUUCCAGUUCAUGCUAACUUUAUCAGAACACUUGGGUUUGUUUGGCUUAACCUUAACUAUACGAUCUGAUUCUCCUGCAUGGUAGUGAUUCCUUGUAUCUAUUAACUAUGGUCAUUCAGACACUAUCAAAUAUAUGUAUUCUUAAGAUUUAUGUAUAGAAUAUAUUAAAAUCAUGGAUUGUGUGUUCUGUAAUUAUAUAUGUUUUACUUUAAAAAAGGAAAAGGACAUUUUCUAAUAACCCUAAAAGGGCCAUUAUGAAAGCAACUGAGUAACCAGUAAUACUAUAUUUACCUUUGUUAAAUAAAGUUUUUCUUCUUCAUCGCCUAAGAGCGUCACUUUCAUGAUUAUUACCUUGACAUUCAAGGAUUUUUUCUUCUUGUGGGAGAUGAAUACGUGUUUACGAAAUCGUCAAUUACGUCAGCAUUAACAAGACAAAAGCCUUGAGGCUUGAAUGACCAAGGCGAAGUUGACGUAUUUUCCAGAUGGGGUGCAUUUCACUUAAUAAAAUUGUGAAUAAAUAUAUCCAGGUUCUUACACUGGUAUUUUUUUAUAUCUAGGUGGCUGGGAUGGUACAAGUCAUUUGAACUCAGGUGAAGUUUUCUCUCCCGACGUUGAUGAAUGGAAUCUUAUUCCUCAUGCCAACACUGCACGAUGGGAUGCUGGGAUUGCUGUCGAUGAUAACAAAGUUUAUAUCGUUGGUGGGUGUGAUCGCAAUGCAUUAUGUACCUCUGAAACAGAAUGUUUUGAUUGUGAAAAGAAUGAAUGGUCAGUUGUUGCAUCGCUGCCUUUUGCUAUUCAUGGCUUAAAGUGCUCCAGUAUACCGGUUGCAAACAAGUUUUUCAUAAAAUAAUCUGCAUGCAUAUUAGGUAGGAAUAGUUGUUGUGUAGAUCAUCACCAUCCUUCGGCCUAAGCCUUGAUGCCCCGUAUGCUUCGAUAACGUUGUGUAUGCUAUCGAACUUCGCUUUAUGACCACAUGGUUAGUAGACCUACCUCACCAUUACCAUCGUUUUUUGACCACAAAUUUCCAUAUGGAGUAGAGUUGAUAGCCAGACACCUACCCAGGCUCAUUUUGUCAAUUCGAGGGUGAAAAAAAGACGAACGACAAAUUUCACUUAAUAUUGCAAUUUCCAGGCAUGUUUGAUUGCUUUCGUUUGCUUUGCUUUCUGGCAAAGUUUAAACGCUAUAUAAGAAAAUGUUUUGACAUUAUAUGCACAAAGGACGUUGUCACGACGUUUAAGUCAAUUACUAAAUACUGUCCAGACAAUUUAAGGAAUUUAUUUGCUGUCUGCUUUAACUGCUUUAAAUUGUUACCUCCAGUAGGAAGUUAUGUUUUCACAUGGUUUGUAUAUGUAUUUGCAUUUUGUGCGUUUGCCUGUCACUACGAUAACUCAAAGAUAUCCAACGUAUAUUAAUACGAAAUUUGUGGGGCUAUUAGGAAUAGUCCAAGGACAUAUCGAUUAAAUUUUGGUUCAAUUUGGAUGAAAAUUGGAUCAGAAAUUAGCAAACAUUUGCAAAGGGACUUUGGUGACGCAAUCGUUAGAGCAAGGACUAAUAACACUUAAGCCCCAUUUACACGGGCGAUUUUUGCUGCGAUUUCAGUUGCGAUUUUCUCCUUUUGGAGAAUGUGAAGAAGUAGAUCAGUUAUAAAUGUUCCAGGUUAUGAAAUCUCAUAACAACAUCAUUAAGUAAUCUACUACUUCACAUCCUCCAAAAGGAGAAAAUCGCAACUAAAAUCGCAGCAAAAAUCGCCCGUGUAUAAACGGGCCUUUAUGUGAAAAGAGUUAGCCAACGCUGUACCGAAAGUCGUGAGUUUUCUCCGGGUACACCAGUCUCUUCCCACAGGGAAUGUUGCAUGAUGGGUUGGGAUUAGUCCCCUAACUGAUCCUUCCGCCGUAGCUGUGCUCCGUGAUCAGACAUUAGUCAUAAGGUGGCUGCCAGAGGAGCCCUUAGAAAGCUUUCGACUACACGCGUAACAAUCUCACAUCUUGUAGCAAGUCUGCCAACAAGUUGUGUUCGCACUGCUUGUCCCAAGUUGUCAACAAGUUUGGAACAAGCUGUUAACAAUUUGUAACAAUCUUGUUGAUAUUUAUAUCAGGCAUGUUGCAAGGUUGUUCCAACAAGUCCGAUACAUUCAUGAUGUAACAAUGUUGUUACAACUUUGUCUCGUCAACCUUGUAACAUUCUUGUUAUAUCAUGACUGUAUCAGACUUGUUAGAACAACCUUGUAACAAGUCUGAUAAUGCCAUCAAGCUUGUUACAAUUUAAUUAACAGCUUGUUCCAAACUUGUUACAACAACUGGGAACAAACGGUGCGAACACAACUUGUUGACAGCUUGUGAACAGAUUUGUAAAAACUUGUUUGCAGACUUGUAACAACUUGAGCGUUUUUACGUGUGUAGAUCAGGUUGAGCUGCGUCCUACGCAAUCCCACCAAUCUCACCAAUCCCUUGAGAGCAUGUGGUAUAUAUAACGACAAAACAAUUUGUGCGUCAAAACUUGACAAUAAAGCUAUUAGCCUUCCAAAGCUCUUCUUUCAGUUGUUCACUCUUGGGACAACUCGGAGCAAGUAAAUUGAAAGUUCAAUGAGUUAAGAAGACUUGUGGCUUAAAAAGGUUCAAUCCUAAUUUCCUCAACAAAAGCCCCAAAUUGAUGAUAUGAGAGAUAACAGAUCUAGAACAGCACCACAACUCUGAAAACACUCAAGUAGUGUCAGCCGAGGGGCAAAUCACUCCAAACGUCUUGCACACUUUGACAAAGAGUCCGAAAAAGUCAUCAAGUCUGCGAAUAUAUGCUUGACAACACUAACAAUUCAUACAAUAUACUCUUGAGAUCUAAAUUUUACGUCUGAAUUGAAUACGACGUACACCAGGAUUCUAUCUAUUUAUGCAAUUGUAUCCCAAGUAAGUAUGGAUUCUGACAAGCGCCUGAACUGCUCUGAUACGAAUAUUUCUAACAGGAAAUAUUUUUUUAUUAUCUUUUUGGAAAAAUCGGUUAUAAUUGCGUUUACUGCAUAGCUUCACCAGAACAUUAAAAACAAUAUAAAGAAAAUAUUGAGAAAUUUUAACCACAAUUUUAGUCCAACCACAAAACGACCGGACUUUUAAAAGUCCAAAUGUCCUGUACACUUUCUAGGAGUGAUUUGCCCCUCGGUGUCUGCGAAAGGUCGCUGUCCCCUUGCUGUUUUCAUUGACCAUAAGCGGGUCAGGGGAUGGGUGUUUCUUUUAACAUAUAAUGGAUAAUAACGGAUUCAUAAAAUUUUCAUGGGGCCUUUGGCAGCUACGUUGGCAAAUCGAUGAACAAAGUUAUAUUUAGAUAUUUAUAAACGUUAUUGUAUUUGGACACCAAGUGAACGAAUUACCAAAGAAACAUAGAUACAUUAUGAGUUGUAUUAAUAACUGUAGUUUAUAAGAGAACAAGGUAUAGAAUGAAA